CUCAGCGCCACCUCCUGAAGCCUCUUCUCUCAUUGUCAGCUCGGAUUUAACAUGACCCACUUUGUUGUUUGAGGAUGGAGGAAGAAGUAAAUUACUCUGAAGUGGUUUUCAAAAGUAAGAGUCAACCAGCUCCAACGGAGGCGAAUCACGACUUGACUGUUUAUUCUUCAGUCAAACGUGAGAAGAAAAGUGUUGAUGUUUCACCAAAGGCAAAUAAAGACGCUGGUGAUUCCACAGACAAGAGGAACAUUAGUACCACACAAAGUGAAGCAGUUAAAGCAGCUUCACGCUCCCCUCACUUCCGUCUGUUAGUGGUGUGUUCAGGGACACUCUGCAUCGUCGUAGUGCUGAGCAUCAUCGCCAUCGUCUACAUCACUAAGAUGAUGAAUGACGGGAAAGCAAACUUUGAGGCGGAGCUGGGAAACCUGACUGCAGCCAACCAGCAGCUGAUCAUGGAGAACAGCAUCCUGCUGAAAGACAUCCACAACCUCAACUGGACCAUGGGCGUCAUCCUGAGAUUCAACAGCUUUCCCGUGGACGCGUACUGCCCUAACAAAACGUGCCGGCCGUGCCAGAGCGGCUGGAUCCAGUUUCAGGAGAAGUGCUACCUGUUCUAUGAGAACGAUUCUCCUUGGCGAACAUGGGACGACAGCAGGACGUUUUGCCAAAGCAAUGGUGCAGACCUGCUCGUUAUUGACAACCCGGAAGAACAGAGCUUCAUUAGUACUAACAUCAAGCGCUACUACGAUGAUUUUCACGGGUACUGGAUGGGUUUAAAGCAAAGAGCUAACAACAACUGGACCUGGGUUGAUGGGAGAAUUGCCACGCUACAGUACUGGAUAAAAGGAGUAUUUGGUACAUCUCUUCCAUGUGCUCUGAUGAUCCCUGUAAUGAACUAUACAAGCAACUGGGCCCCAGCAAAAUGUUCAAUGUUGAACAGGUUCAUCUGUGAGAGUCAAGUCCUAAUCAAGUCAAACUAGCUUUGGUGUCUUCCAGAAAUACGUUCAUUCAAGCGAAUCUUCAAGGCAUCAAACUGAUGAACAUACUGUAGAAGUCACCUGAGUGGAGGAGCUUUUCCUGGGGGUCAGAGGGGGUAUAAGAGGACCAGUCACCAACUAACCUGCCUGCGUGCCUUUGAGCUGGGGACCUGAAGGGAACCCACAAACCCAGCUCUUGCUGUGGGUUAGGAUGCUAAGCACCACGGUCUAAAAUGCUUUUCAUACACAUAAGGUUUUGAUGGUGUAAAACAUUUGUUUUGAGGAGUGAGGCUGUGUAAAUGCCAUGAUGCUGUUGUAAAGUGAUGCUGGGAAACUCACUUCCUGUGCUCGACUUAGUUAUUUACUCAGGUUUGGAACUUGAUGAUUUGCAUAUUGUUGUCACAAGAUAAGAUUAAGUUACACUAUGACAGUGAUGUUUAAAUGUGCUCUUUUUUUACUUUAUUACUGCUCGUUUCUGCAAACCUGGUCACAACAGGCCAAUUAACUGUUACCUCAACAAACAGCGCUGCAUGUUGUUACUUUCAUACUUUAUAUGACAGACAUAGAUGUAAAAAGGUUCUGGAACUUAAAAC